AUGAAAAGAGGUGAGUGUAAUGUGAAUACAUUACCUUCCAAACAAAUUUAUGCAAAAUUCGAAGAAAACAAGAAUGGUGGCAAACAAAUAUGUUCGGACAUCAGCACCUGGACAGAGGGAAUAUUGGAUAUUUUAGGGAAUAAGUUGAAACAGAAUCAUAUGGGCGCAGUUAAACCGGAAGAAAUUGCGAAUGUUUGGUGUUCCAUAUCUAAAUUAAAUACAAAGGAGAAGGAACCACCCCCAUCUUGUAAGGUGGGGGUGGUGUGUAAUUUUUUUUAUUUCUGGUUAGGAGACAAACUAGAAGGAAAAUUGCAAGGAGGAAAUGCUAAACUUAAGGAAGUUAUACAAAGCUUCUUCAAUAAGUUGAGCGAUUCCACCGGAUUGUGUGCUAGCACUUUUUUAAGCAGUACCAUGGACACAACUUUCCUCAAGCAAAGAAAAAAAGUCUUCGAUUAUUAUUAUGACUACCAAACCAUAUGGAACCAAAUAAAAAAUUCCGGAUCCGAUGGGUCUUCCUGUGCACAGAAAUAUGAUAGCUACCUAAAUGGUGUUGAGGAAAUUAGUACAGAUGGUGGAGCUGAUGAUGCAUAUAGAAAAGUACAAGCAAAUUGUCCCUCUAAUGGGGGUGAUAACUUCUGUACAGAAUUCUGGAAGAAAAAGUUCCAGCAAAAUGGUCAUGGUGGUUGUGGUAGCAAACCUAUCCCACCACCAUCACAACUGAAAGAAAAGGCAACGUCCCCAGAGGAGGUCCUUCCACCAGCAUCGGACGAAGAGGAUAGUCUGGAUAGUUGCUUAACACAGUUGCUUUCACAACAUUCAGAAAUUACUUCAUUAGCGGGGAAGGAAGCGUCAACAGAUCAGUUGCCACAGGGGGGAGCUGGUGGUGGUACCACCACUCCCGUUGUUGCCUCUUCUGCAUUAGGAAUAGUUGGACUACCUGCAUUGGCAUUCUUUUUGUAUAAGGUAAAAUUACCAUUAUAA